GUUUGGAUUUUGGAAAUGAGCGAAUGAAGUGUCAAGUGGUUCAGUUAUAUGGAAACCUGUUGAUGAACCUGGCUAGCGAGCUGUUGGAUUUACAGACAGUUGUAGCUGGCUAUAGAGCUGCAAAUGACAGCCACCAAUGUUUAACAGUAACGAUGAGGAUCUUGUCGAAGAUGUGGCCAGUAUAAGGAGUCAAUUGCGAUUGACGGAGAUCACUUUGCAAAGUUUGGGAGAACAAUUAAGUCACUCAGAACAUGACAGUCCCAGUGAGAGGACAGACACGAGUCCAGGACACGGUUUGCCCGGUCGCCUGACCCUUGGGGAUCUGCAGCAGCCUGAUGUUACUCAGCCUUCACCUGGCAACCGGAGUCCGGAAAGAGCCAUCAGUCUAGCCGGUACCGAGUCCAGGCACUCCUCAUCCAGAUCCAGGGGGGUGGAGAUGGAGGCUGUGCCCCUCAGGAAGAAGCUGGGUGGGCUGCGUCAGGAGAACGCCUCCCUGUCCAUGGAGAACAGGCAGCUCAUCAGUGACCUGGAGGCAGCCCACGUUGAACUGGCCAGCUCCAAGUCCAAGGUCCGUCUCCUGGGCAACACAUUCGGGACUAAGGCCUCCAGUGUGAAUGUCCUGAGGGAGCAGAUCCUGGGCUUGGAGGCUGAGGUGGAGGCUCAAGCCAAAGAUCUCCGGGCUGCGGAGCUCAAGGUGGAGCUGAGCCAGCAGGCAGCCGCUCAGAGUGAGAGGCAGGUGUCCGUGCUCAGAGAAGAGCUGAGCAUGCUCAGAACACAGCUCACGGACACGACCAGACAAGGAAAACGAGCCGAGCAGCAACGGAACCAAGCCCUUCACAAUGCUGAGAAGCUCACUGAUGCGUUCAAAGACUACAAGGCAAAGAUUUCCAUCAAGCUGAAGAAGGUGAUGGAAAGUGAGAGCAACCUGAAGGAGAGUCUGAUCGUGUGUGACAGAGAGAGAGAGGAACUGGAGAGCAGGUGCUGCAAUCUGGAGAGGGAAAGAGCAGAGCAGGGCCAAAACAUCAGUAAACUAAUGGAGGAGUUAACCCAGGCACGCACCUGCAACACAAAAAACGUGCAGCUCCAGGCUCGUUUGGAGGAGGCUGCCCAGCGAGCAUCACGCCUGGAGAUGGAACUGGGAGGGCGGGCCUCAGCAUCCAGGGAUUUGGCCUCUCUCCGCAGGGAGACGGAGGACCUCCGUGCUCUUGUCCAGUGCCAGGAACAGAGGCUGGCCCAAUGUCACAGAGAGGCCCAGCAGAGCCAGGCCGAAAUGGCUAGUCUGGAGGGCAUACUGGGCCUGCUGCAUCUCAGAGAGGGCACUGAGGGAUCUCUCUGUGUGAGACCGUGUAUGCUGCCCACAGUGGAUUACACUGCCGACCUUAGACCCAAACCAGGUGAGCGCUACCAGCAGCUCCUCCCUGUUCUCCAGGCCAUGGAGGCAGAGCGGGCCAGACAGAGCUCCCUAGCCACCAGACUUCAGGACAGGUUAUUGAAAGCCCAGGAUGAGGUCUCUUCUUUGCAUAGCUCCAUGGCCCAGAGGGCCUCACACUACCAACAGGUCCACAGCGAGCUGCUAGAAAAGGCCAGCCAGGCUAACGAUGCCCAGAAAGAGUUGAAGAAGAAGAGUGCUCGUGUCUCUGCCCUGGAGAAACAACUACAGGAGAAGUCCUCAGCUUACUCUCAGGCUGCGCUGAAAAACGGUCAGCUAGAGCAGGAUCUUCUGGAGAAGGCCAGUAGUAUCCAGCACUACCAGUCGGUGAUGACCAAGAAACAGAGAGACUUCCAGCAGGCUCUGGACAAGUGUCGUAAGGACCGAUCUGACCAGUGCAGAGAGCUGCAGGACAGAGUGGAAGUGUUGCAGCUGUCUCUAGACCAGACCCAGGCCCGGGUCUCAGAGCUGGAACUGGAGAGACACGAAGCCCAGAACACUGCUGUCCUUCUACAGGCCUCUCUUGACAAGUUAACACAGGAGAGGGAAAACAUCGUGAGGCACAGUGAGGAAGCUCUCCGGGAUGUCAAAGAGCGUGCUGCGGAGUCUGCCACCAAGGUGAGGCAGCUGGAGACAGCCCUGGCUUCCUGCAGAGAGGAGCUGAGCUCCUCCCUGCAGCAGAUGGAGGAGGCCAAGGAGCGCUACCAGAGACAGCUGGACCUCAAGAGUCAAGAGCUGUCGAGUCUACGUGAGGAGUUGCGUAGCAGCAGCGAGAUGUGCAGGCUCUCCGGGCAGCAGUGUGCCCAGCUCCAGACCUCCCUGCAGCAGCUGCAGAGCAUGUUACUGGAGAGCACCACCCGUGUGGCGGAGUUGGAGGACAGCCAGAGUCAGCUACAGGGACAGGUGUCUGCAUUGGAGCAGGAUCUGGAGCGGGCGCGCUCAUCUCUGGAGGAGGAACUGAGCAGGAGGGAGAAGGAGCUGCAGGAUGCUGACAUGGAGGUGCAGGAGAAGAGGAGACAGACGGCACAUCUCUCUGGCUCUGUGGCCCAGCUGUCGUCUGAGAUGAGUAAGUGUCGCGGGGAGCUGCUGGCCAUGGAGCAGGAGCUGCAGAGGCUGCGGAGAGAAGCCAGCAUCAAGUCCUCCCAGAUCAGCCAAAUGGAGGAGACGCUGCAGAAGACCCAGGGCCUCCUGGAGAAGAAGAACAACGCAGUUGUUGACUUGGAGGAAAAGCUCCACCUCUGCGAGCAGGACAGGCGGAACUCUGUUCAGCGGGCGGCGGCUCUGGAGGGACAGCUGCAGGGCGUGCGUGGCGAGAUGCAUGACACCCUGGAGAACCUGCAGGAGCUGAAGGACCUGCUUCAGCGCACCCAGGUCACCGCAGACGAACGGCAGGUGUCCCUGGAGAGGCUCUCCGCUGAGCUCAGGGAAAGCCAGAGGGAGUUAGAGGAGAGGAAUCACGAGGUGUUGGACAUGGACACCGCCCUGAAGGAAAGACAGGGGGAGCUGCAGCUGAGAGCCCAGCUGCUGGGCCAGUUGGACGUGGCAAUCAGAGACCACAAGCUGGAGAUGGACAAAAAGGUCCUGUCUCUUCAGGAGGCUCUCGACAGGAGAGAGAGGGAGGUCAGAGGUCGGGAUGAGCAGGUGGCGUCUUUGAGUGAGCGGUUAGACCUUCUGAAAGCACAGCUGCAAAUGAAGGAGGAUCUGGAGAAGGACGCUCUGGAGCAGAGCCAGAGUCUGCGUGCUUGUCGUGAGCAGCUGCAGAGAACCACAGAGGAGCUGCAGAAACUCCGUGGGCACUGUGACAACCUGAGCCAAGAGCUGGACAGCGUCACUCAACAUGCCGACCAGAAGGAGGUUCAAGUGAGGAGUCUGGAGGAGGAGCUGUCUGCCAGGGGGAAACACUGGGUCCAGGGGGAGGCCAGGCUCCAGGCCACUAUCUCUUCCCUACAGCAGGAGCUGGAACAUGAAAAGGAACAGCACAACAAGGAGGUGUCCUGUCUGCAGCAGACACGGGGCCAGCUGCUGAAGGUGUCGGAGCAGAUGAGCUGCAGCCUGCGAAGCUCCCAGGAGCACCUGGCCUCCAGGCUUCAGGAGAGCCAGCUGCAGCUGGAGCAGGCCAGGGCGCAGUGUGCCCGCCUCCAGGUCCAGCUCCACGCCACCCAGACCAGCCUGCAGAGCACCCGGGAGGCCUUGCUCAUCAAGGAGUCUGAAGUAACCCGGCUGCAGGCCAGGAUCUCCAGCCUAGAGAGGACCAUGGAGCUCCACCACACCAGUUUCCACCUCCUCCCAGACCUUGGCCAGCCCUCAUCCCCUCCCGCGCACCACGGUUCCCCUCCGGACACUCGCCCGCGCGGCCACUCUCGUCAAAAACACACCCGCUCCACCCCCUCACCCACCCGCACCCCGGGCAAACUCAUGAACCACUCUCCUCCUCCUGCUCCUCCUCCCGAAUCACGCCAACCUCCACAAACCCACAGCCCAGACUGUCCCACUGAUACCAGUAGUGUGGACUCCUCCCUGGACCUCCCCCAGAGUCUGAAGGCCACGUUACGGGAAGCCCUGGGUCAGCACCUCCCCUGGGGCUCUUCCCUCUCCUCGUCCCCCACCCCGCAUCAUCCCGACCUAAGUUGGCAGGGCCUCAGCCGCCUGGAGGCCACCUCCACCUCGGACCUCUCCUUCAACCCUCUCACCUACAUGGUGGAAGACAAGGAGGGCGGGGAGGAGCGGGACCACCCGGCGAGAGAGUCCCUCCUCGGGUGGCCGACCCAGGAGGAGGUGGACACGAGCUCCCUCACGGGCAUGCUGAGGUUUGUCAACCAGACGCUGGCGCUGCAGGACGACCCGUCCCUGUGGGUCUCGGCGAGGCUCUCGGAGGUGGAGCGCUCCCUCGCGCUGAAGGGCGACCUGAAAGAAGGUGGAGGCUGUUCUCCGGGGAACAUAUGACAGUGGCAUCUGUUCUGAAUGUUUUCACUGUUGUUUGUGUGUGUGUGUGUUUGUUUGCAUUUUCAUUUCAUAGAUCCAAUCAGGACCGGAAAGGCUCGCAGGAAAAAAAAAAAAAGAACACAGUAGAUUUUAACAGAUGAGGUUACAGUUGGGUUAGUGCUAGGCAUACAUAUUUGGUUAUUGAGGUUUGGGUUUUGGUAAAUGUUAGGAAACCUCCUCACAAGUUUAGAAAUGCAACGCUGUGUACAUGGGAGUGUGUUGACCAAAAGGUCCUCAUAACUACAGUAUAGUCAAAUUAGAAAAUUUGAGGAAGUGAGAAAAUAUGCCUGUUUAGGCUUGAUGUUAGAGUCUUGGCAUGUUGACCUUCAUGGUCUUUUACAUAAACACAUACUGUACAUACUGUAUAUUUAUAUUUUUUUUAUUGUAUCUAUUGACACUUGUUAUGUAUUUAAAAUUCCCUGUAGAAUAAACUUUUGGAUGUUUAGAUCUCUUGAAGUGAAGGGUAGUCAUCCUCUGCUCCGGGCAGAGACCGCAGCUUGGACCAGGGAGCCACUCAAGGCCUCAGCAACAAGCUUAAGGAUCUCUUCAUAUGACCACUGUAACGGGAACUCAGAGCAUGUUUUAUUAGUAUUCACAGCAGAAUAUGAAUUGUCCUAAAUGUAUUGUAAUAAAUGAGAAAAAACAUUA